UCAUUAUUAUGUAGAAAAUUUAAAUUCAAAAUUUGUACAUAUGCUUUGGUGAAUUUAGUCAAAUUUAUAUUCAGGAUCUAAUGAAGGCAUUUUGAACAUUCAAAACCAAGCCCUGAAUAAAUAAUCAAGAGCCGCAAAGGAAAAGCCGAGUCAGCUAUAGCUAAACCUCUCCAAGACCGCCGGAUAGGAAUCCGCUCUCAAAAGAAUAAUUUUCUCCAAUAAGAGCUCUUGAAGCCAUAAAACUGAUCGAAAUGUCCAAAUCGCGAGCCCCAACCCCUGAGCCCCCAGUGGCUGACAGUGCCAUCAGUCAGCCGCAGGUAAAGAUCGGGCAUUAUCAGCUGGGCAUCACCUUGGGCACCGGCAGCUUUGGCAAGGUGAAAAUCGGAGUGCACCAGAUAACGGGUCUCAAGGUGGCAGUAAAGAUCCUGAACCGGCAGAAGAUCAAGAGCCUCGAUGUUGUUGGCAAGAUACGUCGCGAGAUCCAGAAUUUGAAGCUCUUCCGGCAUCCGCACAUUAUCAAGCUGUACCAGGUCAUCUCCACGCCCUCGGACAUCUUUAUGAUCAUGGAGUAUGUAAGCGGCGGCGAGCUAUUCGAUUAUAUUGUCAUGCACGGCAAGAUGCAGGAGCAUCAGGCGCGUCGCUUCUUUCAGCAGAUGAUCUCGGGCGUGGACUAUUGCCAUCGUCACAUGAUUGUCCAUCGGGAUCUGAAGCCAGAGAAUCUGCUGCUUGACCACAAUAUGCACGUGAAGAUUGCCGACUUUGGCCUGUCGAAUAUGAUGUUGGAUGGAGAGUUCCUGUGCACUUCUUGCGGCUCCCCGAACUAUGCCGCUCCCGAGGUGAUCUCGGGUAAACUAUAUGUCGGUCCUGAGGUGGACAUUUGGUCUAGCGGCGUCAUCCUAUACGCUUUGCUCUGCGGUUCUCUGCCCUUUGACGAUGACCAUGUGCCGACGCUGUUCCGUAAGAUCAAGUCGGGAAUUUUUCCGAUCCCGAAGCACAUGAACAUGCAGGUGCUGAAUUUGGUAUGCCAGAUGCUGCAGGUUGAUCCCCUCAAGCGGGCCAAUAUCGAGGAGAUUAAGAAGCACGCUUGGUUCCAGAAGGAUCUGCCCGCGUAUCUCUUUCCCACGGCCUCCGAGCAGGACUCCAAUGUCAUUGACACGUACGCUGUGGCCGAGGUCUGCACCAAGUUUGGAGUACUGGCAAGCGAGGUGCACAGCGCCCUGCUUAAUGGUGAUCCCCACGAUCAGUUGGGUAUAGCCUACCAUUUGAUAAUUGACAACAAGCGCUUCAACGACGAUGCCGCCAAUCAGAUCAACAAUUUCUUUACGGUCGAAUCACCAUCAUUGCUGCCGCUUCAAAAACCACUGUCCCCUGUAACCGUGGGCGUCGGUGGCUCGGGAUCCAGCUCGGGCAGAGCCACACCAGUGCCUCCAUCCAGCUCCAUCCGACCACAUCCGGAAAGGAUUGCUCCACAGGGCGACCUCCAGCUGGCCAUGUCUGUCCAAGCAUCGGGCGGUGGGGCCUUCCCUGUGAAGGCAACGCGCACCGGAACACCCGUCAAGCGCGCCAAAUGGCAUUUGGGCAUUCGGUCUCAGAGCAGGCCCUAUGACAUUAUGCUGGAGGUGUAUCGCGCAAUGAAGGCUCUUGGAUACAUGUGGAAGGUUCUCAAUCCGUACCAUGUACGCGUCCGCCGGCAGAACCUAAAGACGGGCCAAUUCUCAAAGAUGUCGUUGCAGUUGUACCAAGUGGAUGUCAAGAGCUAUCUGCUUGACUUCAAGUCGCUGACCAACGAGGAGGUGGAGCAGGCCGACGAUGUCACUGUGGACACUCAAACGGGUCAUAAUACCAUGGAGUUCUUUGAGAUGUGCGCCGAUUUAAUUAUUCAGCUGGCGCGCUAAGAUCUGAGAACUGCUGACCACUUAAACCUCUAAGGACAGCACAAAAUACCGCACAAAAAGGAGGAAUAGAAGCUCAAAGCUCACCUCUUAAGGCACAUCUUAUUAUCAUUUUAACCCAACAAAUUUCAUAUAUCCUUAUUUGAUAUUAAUAAACUGUAAUCAAACGGAAGGUUUAACUUGUAAUCCUUGAAUAAACCAAUCCAUAUAUAUUAAAAA